GUCAUAUUAUAUCUGUUUUCUUCGAUGUAAAUUAGAUUACUUAUAAGUAAAUAAAUAAGACCAUAUUAAUCUAUAAUAUGUUAAAUGCAUGCAUAUAUGACACAAUUUAACUAUAAUAAUAUAUAAUAUAAGUUUUGUUUAUAUGUUAUUGUAUUUAACAGGCAAAAAUAGUUGAUCCAGACAUUUUUGACAUAACUUCAAUAGUAAUGAUGUUUUUUUUGGAAAUGAUGUAUAUUGGAAAUAUAGUAUCCAGAGUAUGGCGCAUAUUUUUUGAUAAUCGACUAUCAGUGGUAUUGACUAAACUUGAAGAAAUUCAUGAAAAAUUAAUACAUCUGAAUGUGGUCAGACCACUGAAAAUAAAAAAUAAUUGGCUUUUUAUUACUGGAAUUAUUGUACAUUUUAUUGCAAGUAACAUAAUUGUGGCCAAAUUUUUUAUUGUUAGCUGGUUCGUGUACGGGAAAACAAACACGGCUUGUUCUAUGGUAAUAAACAACAUAUAAAAUAUUUUAAGUAAAUUUAUAUUUUAUAGAUCUUGAAACUAUGAUCUUUAGACAUUAUUAGGGGUUAGAAAAUAUAUCAAGCACAUUAAAUAUAAAGACAAUCAAAUUAUUAAAAUGUUUUCAGAACACUGGGUUUUUUCUUAACAGCGAGUUGGAAUAUUAAAUAAAUAAAAUAGUUUAAAAAUUUUUUAGGCCAUGUAUUUGGUUUCAGUGGUGUGUGAAUGUGCUGCAUUUUAUGAAUACAUACUACUAAUAUUAUACAUCAGAUGGAUAGUGUACAUCAUAAAUGAACAAAUACUGUUAAGACAUUCAAUAAUCAGUACCCUGAGAGAUAUGUAUUUGGAAGUUAUCGAUUGCUUGAUCGUUAUCAAUAGAUCAAUAUAUGGUUUGCCGGUCAUAUCGACUAUUAUUGCGACAAACAUUGGAAGACUGUUUUAUGAAUUUUAUAAUCAUAUACUUUUUCCUGUACCAGUAUACGAAGGUGAAGAGCUAAUAACACUAACCAUGGGUCUAUCAAUAUGUGUUUUUGAUAUCAUUGUACUAUACGGAGUUGGUCAUGCAACGGAAAAAGAGAUAAAUCGGAUGAGUCUCGUGUUACACCAACGGUCAUUCAUUGAAAGAAACCCUAGAAUAAAACGUCAGAUCAAGUUUUUUAUGCUACGGAGAUUUCACGAACCCUUUCGUUUCAUGCUUUUUGGAAUAUGUGAGAUUAAUUUAAGAAAGUUAUUGUCAUUGUUAAAUAAAACAGUUGCUUAUUUAGUCAUACAAGUUCUGUUCAAAUUGAAUAAAAUUAAAGAAAGAUAUAUUAAGUUUAUUGAUAGUUAAUGCGUUAAUAAAUUGUGUAA